AUUUUUUAUAUUGCUUCCUAUUAUUCGUUUUAACUAGAUAAUAAAUUUUUAUUAUAAUUUAUGCUAGAUUUAAAUAGUUUUAAUACAUAAUUACGACAUAACAUGGUUGAUAAUUUGUCAUUAAACGAUUAUUUUACAUUUUUACACACCUAUGGGCCCAAGAAUUUUCAUGUUUAAGAACAAUCUAAUGCCAAUCAGUUAGUAGUCAUUUUUUUUAUAUAAUUCUUAAAAAUGUCAGAUGAUGAUGACAAGCCACCAGCUCCCCCGGUCCGUCUCACGAGUAACAGUUUUAGAGUUGCUCGUGGAGAUUCGGUACCAAAUUUGGAUAUAAUGCGGCCCUUACCUAAAGAACCAGAUUCUGACCAUAAAAAGAAAACUUCUAAAAGCCGUGUUACUGGUAAACUGAAAACACGGGGUACUGGAUCUGAAGAUAAACCCGAAAUAUCUUAUCCGACUAAUUUUGAACAUACCAUGCAUGUAGGAUUUGAUGCGCAUACAGGCGAGUUUACUCUGCCAUAUAAAGGUAUGCCAGAAGCAUGGGCUCGACUUUUAAUAACAUCCAAUAUAAGCAAACAAGAACAAAAAAAGAAUCCUCAAGCUGUUCUUGAUGUGCUUAAUUGGUUUGAUAACUCCAGUAAGCAAUCGAAAACUUCCAAGUAUAUGACCACAGCCACAAAUAUUGUACAAAAUAGUACUCCCCCUACUGAAGUAUUAGUGCGUGGUGCACACAGUGGAGGUAGUUCAUCAUACUCUGGUGUCAGUAGUAGCCAGCCUUCUUCAUCGACAGGUAGCACUAGUCCCUCACUGACCACAACGCCCACAACAGAUGAACAAACAUCUCCUCCACCACCUGUAUCUGUACGUCCCGAACGUACAAAAUCUGUGUAUACCAAACCAAUAGAAGAAGAUGAGCCUAGAUCCAUCACCCAAGAAGAACCUAAAGUAGUUUCACCGGUUCCACUUCACCGGCCUAGUCAAACUAAUGGAACUGUUCCAGUAUUGGAUAAAAAUAAAAAUAACACUACUGCCACUAGUCGUAAAAAAGUGGCUGAUAAUGAAAUAUUAGAACAACUAAAAACAAUUGUAACAGUAGGUGAUCCAAAUAGAAAAUAUACCAAGAUGGAAAAAAUUGGACAGGGAGCAUCUGGUACAGUGUAUACGGCUAUUGAAACGUCAACUGGUAUGGAAGUGGCUAUAAAACAAAUGAAUUUAGGUCAACAACCAAAGAAAGAGCUUAUUAUUAAUGAAAUACUAGUCAUGCGAGAAAAUAAACAUGCAAAUGUUGUGAACUAUUUAGAUAGUUAUUUAGUACAAGAUGAACUUUGGGUUGUAAUGGAAUAUUUACCAGGCGGUAGCUUAACAGAUGUUGUCACAGAAACUUGUAUGGACGAAGGUCAAAUAGCGUCUGUAUGCCGAGAAGUACUUCAAGCCCUUCAGUUUUUACAUUUCAACCAAGUUAUACAUAGAGACAUUAAGUCUGAUAACAUUUUACUUGGUUUAGAUGGUAGUGUUAAGUUAACUGAUUUUGGAUUUUGUGCUCAAAUUUCACCUGAGCAAUCUAAACGAACCACAAUGGUCGGUACACCUUAUUGGAUGGCACCAGAAGUAGUUACACGUAAACAGUAUGGUCCUAAGGUAGACAUAUGGUCAUUAGGUAUAAUGGCUAUUGAAAUGAUUGAAGGUGAACCACCGUAUUUGAAUGAAAAUCCCUUAAGGGCGUUGUAUUUAAUUGCAACUAAUGGGAAACCAGAGAUCAAAGAAAAAGAAAAAUUAUCUCCAAUUUUUCAAGACUUUUUAGAUCAGUGCCUUGAAGUUGAGGUUGAAGACCGUGCAUCAGCCUCUGAACUUUUAAAACACCCAUUUUUGAAGCUUUCCAGACCUUUAGCCAGUCUGACUCCUUUAAUAAUGGCAGCUAAACAAGCCGCCAAAGGUCAUUGAUACGUAUGGUCAAAUAUUAACGGUCUUUCUUUGGUUCAAAUCCAGCCA